UGGUGCUUAUAUCCGUAACCUAGUGAAGCAGCUAACCACCUCAAGAACAAAAGACUCCAUGAACCCUAGAAACCCAGAUUGUGCUGUUGCUGUUGAUUCUUCCCAAGCUCGAAAGUUAACCAAACAAGAGAGAGUUUUUGAUGGCCAUCAGCCAAAGCAACCCACGCAACCCCGACAGCAGCAUAAAAAACAAGUCAGGAGGAGGCUGCACACAAGUAGGCCUUACCAGGAAAGGCUUCUGAAUAUGGCAGAGGCCAGGAGGGAGAUUGUCACUGCCCUGAAAUUUCACAGAGCUGCUAUGAAACAAGCUAGUGAACAGCAGCUGCAGCAGCAGCAAGAAACUCAGCAACAGCCGUCGGUAUCCCUCCAGCCUCUGCAGCACUCAAGUUUUGAGCAAGAUGGAAGAGUCAAGUCUAGGAGAAAUCCUGGAUCAUACCCAUCAUGCACAACUAAUUUCUCAAAUUACAUGGAUGCUUUUUCUUAUUCAUCGUUGUCUCAUCCUCUUCAGUCAUUGCAAAAUUCUUAUACCUGCCCCGGCGCUUCUCCAACUGCUCCAUCCCUUGUGCCCGAAACCCCCAAUAUCAUGCUUCCAAAUCAGACUCUGGGCUUGAAUCUCAAUGUUCAUGAUUUCACCAAUUUAAAUGCUACCCUUUACCUUGACAACGCCAACACAUCAUCACACUCGUAUUCGUCUCCAUCAUCAUCUUCUCCAUCACCAUCUAUUGCAACUGAUCAGGAAACUCCUCUAGCCGCAAUAUCACUGGGAGAGGAGACUGCUGCAGCGGUCCAUACAAUUGAUUCCAGUGCUGUUGUCCAGGCUACUGGGGGCCUGCAUACAGCCUUGGACGAUGAGGGGAUGGCAGAGAUCAGAUCCGUAGGAGAGCAAUAUCAAAUGGAAUGGAAUGACACUAUGAAUUUGGUCACAUCAGCAUGGUGGUUUAAGUUUUUGAAGAGCAUGGAACAUGGAGCAACUGAUGAUAAGCCUGAAGAUGAUGCAUACCAUAUUUUUGAGGAAGUCAUGGACUUUCCAGCAUGGUUGAAUUCAAACGAAAGCUGCUUAGAGCAGUGCUCACAGGAUUACUUCCAAGAUCCCACCCUACCUUGGUAAGUUUGACCACAAAUUUUAGAAUUUUAUAAAUAAAUUUCAUUAGGAAGUCUUUCUUUGUUCUUUUGGUUGCUAUGGAAAAGGAAGAAGUUUGUAGUUUGUUCGAGUCUUUUUGUAACAAAGCAAGAGACAUUGUACUGGGUCUCAACUCAUCUUUUUCCGUAUGAUAUUUAUUUGCCUGGCUAAUAAUUUGCUGUGAGUUUUGUUUUUUCCCUGGGA